AUGGAUACAUGCCGUGAACAUGCCACUGUUAUGAAGAAAGAGAUGUUAAAGUCAACAAACAAGAAUGUUGUCAUGAUAAAGAAGCUAAUGGUUCUUACAUACCCUUUCAGGAGGGAGAAGAUUCUUGCUGAACCAACCGCGGUUGAGGACAUCACAAAGGAGUAUCCUGCACUAAAUCUGAUUUCAGAAGUAAGUUAUUCAAGUGUAGAUUCGGAUUUUAUCUGAUAUUGAUUCAGGCACUAGAUUAUUGCAGUAGUGUCCAGCAGUGUGUGAGAAUUCUAUUUUACUUUGGCUAACAAUGUUUUGCUUGUCUAGGAGAAUGUUGCAAUUGGCCAGUGCCAAUUGUGCUGUCGCUUUAAAAACAUUCUUUAUUUUUUGUUCACUUUGUAGUUUAAAUCAGAAUUCGGCAGGGUUAUGGAGGAUAAAACGAUUCUGAAAGAAAUGAGUGCAACAUUUACAGCAGUGGUCAAACCAAAGUUGUUGGCACUUGCCAAGGAAAAGGGCGAAAGAAAAAUUCUAGAAGAAAUGCAAGAAUUGAUUUCCAUGGAAACAAGUAAAAGAUCUGGUAUUACACCUUAAAUUAUUCUACUGUUCAGGAGAUAACAACAUGUUUGAGUGACUGUACAAUGAUCUGUAAUAUGUCCAAAAAUCUGACUCAGUAUAAGAUUUUUUCUUAUGAUAAAGAACUUUACAUUUUCAGGAUAACAAGUUCUGUAAGUUUAAAAUAUUAAUCAGUUCACUUUUUAUGCUUUAGAUAUUGAAGAUACAGCUGCAAUUAUUAUGUUGCCACAACUAAUGAAAAGAAUGAAUAAAGGAACUGUUCAUCUUCUUAAGAUCUGUUCUGUAAGUAUUGUGAAAUUCUAUUAUUACUGUCGUUCCAAUUGAAGUGUUCCUCAAAUAUUGAUUCAAUACAUUACCUCGGGCUGACCAAUUCAUUUGAUCAAAUUCCUUGAGAUAUUCAUACACUUCCUAGUAUAAUUGUAAACUUCCUGUUGAAUAUGCACCAAUCACCUUUGUUGUUUGUGCAACUAACCAAUCAUAAAUAGAAAGGAAGUGACCAGAAAUGAUCAAAUACUUGGAAUUAGCUCUUUCACAGGAAGUGUAUGAAUAUCUCGGAGGAACUUGAUGAAAUGAAUUGGUCAGCCCGAGGUAAUGAAUGAAUCAAUAUUUGAGGAACACUUCAAUUGGAACGACAGUAACAUCAUUGAUGACUUUCACAGGUCACAUUGGGAUUAGGUGCCAGCACUCUCCCCAUGACAAGUAAAAUUGUCUUGUGUUAUGCAAAGUAAAAUAAUAAAUUAACUAGAGCGCAAUGCGAUUCAAUCGGUUCACUAGACACAUGGGAAGAUAGGCAAGUUAACCCAUUAAUAAUAGGCAAGUUAACCCAUAAGGGUUAAUACAAGAGGGUUUACAAUACAGUUAAAACAAACACUAAUACAGCAUUAAUUUAUUUAAUAUAUUUUUUUUAUAGGAUGAUGAAUCCAUUGAUGAUGUUAUCCAACAGGCUGUGUCUCCACAAUUAAUUGGAGGUGGAGAAAUUGGAAAUAUAACGCCAUUUUACCUUGUCGCAGAAAGAAAAGUUGUUUUGAAAUUCAACGACAUGGAAUCUUCCAAAGCUUUAGCCAUUUUGAUGGCUUCAUAUUAUAUCUUCAACAUGGAGUAUCCCAGUAAUAUGAGAAAUGUAUACCUUGUGCUUGAGGCAACCAUCAUGGGGAGAACAGCAGAGGCCAGGAAGAGAGUUGUUGUGAACAAAUUUCUGCAAGAACUUAAUAUUGAACAUUGA